GCAGCAGAGAAGACCACCGAAACAAUUUACGGCAACUCUGUAGCAGAGAUUUAUACAACAGCAUUUUAUGUUUCAUACACGAGACGAGUGUAAGUGUACUGCUAAUUGACUCAGCACAAUGCUGUUACAAUUGUAGCUAUUACUAUGAAGACACUGCUACAUUGCCGACUUGUUUCGUUGCAAAAGAGUUCCCAGCCACGUCAACUUCAUCCGUGGCAGUAAAGUUAAAGCAGUCAUCGGAUACAGAAUUUAACAGGUGAAACAGUAUAUUAACCCCUGUAAAUGGCUCAACCUUUGCCGAAACACCCCACAAGGCAUUGAAAGGGGCUUGUAUGUGGAGUCUCUAUCAUUUCAACCUGUUGAUGUGCUGCCUAUGACCCAUGCUGCUAUCCACAAAAUGGAGGCCGAUAAUUGCCCUGCUGGAAACGAGGUGGAACAAACAGUUUCCUCACCUCAACAGGAGAACACUGCUGUAGGUGAUCCAGACAGUCAAAGCCAGACCUCUAAAGCUGCCUCCAAAGCUUCCCACCCUGAAUCAGAGGACCUGGACUCCUUUAACCUGAUAGAGCCCCCUCCUCUGGACUGGAGGUCGGAUGACUCUAGUGAAGCAGGGUCAGUGGAAGAGAUGGACGACCCCAGCUUUCCUCCCUCCUCGGUCCCUGUGGACAGUCCAGAGGAUGUACGAGGUGAGUCCCUGCCUCCAGAGGACACCAGUGACACUGUAGCUUCUCCUGUGGUAGUCAGCCAGGAGGAGCUAAUCUACUUUGCUCCUGAGGAUAGAACCCCAACCGAACAGGUCCUGGAUCCUUGUGAAAAGGAAAGAGUGGUGGAGGAAGAGAAGAAGGUUGAGGUCCGGAGACCAGGUGACGAAGAGCACACUCGGAUCCAUCACCUGUUGAACCGACUCCAGGUCAUCAGAGAAAGCCCUCUCCCCAGGGACUCAACCUCUGACCCUACACCAUCAGCAUUCUCUGAGCCCUCUGACUUUGACCCUCCAGGCCCAUCUCUGUUGACUGACGUCAGCCCGUUGCUACCAGAGCAGAACCUGAACCAGGCCACGGGGCUGCUGUUCUCUGAGAGUCACCAGAGAGACCUAUUAGGGCUGCUGGAGUGUACAGAGAUGAAGGUUCCCCAGCCCAGUCCCUCUGACACCCAGGUUCCUCCUUACAUGGCCCGGAGAGAGGAGAUGGACGCGGUGGUGUCUGUCUCCUACAACCAGGAGGACGGCGAGAGGUUCUGGGACCACUUUGGGAACGGCGGGCGGUUGCGCCACAGGGAUGACUCCAUGGACUCUUUCCCUGAGGAUGAGGUCCCUGAGCCUGUGUGGAUGAAGUUAGGGGAGGAGGCUCCAGAAGAGGUCAACGCUGCAGAGAACAGUGAGCGGGGCACAGAGGACCACCCAGCCUAUAAAGAUGUGCCUGGCCCCUGUGACCCAGAUGACCUCCUGGAUGGGGUCAUAUUUGGGGCCAAGUACCUGGGCUCCACCCAGCUCAAGUCUGACAAGAACCCCUCCACCAACGCCCGAAUGAAACAGGCCCAAGAGGCUGUGGACAGGAUCAAAGCCCCAGAGGGAGAGUCUCAGCCUAUGACUGAGGUGGAUCUCUUCAUCUCCACUCAGCGCAUCAAAGUCCUCAGCGCAGACACACAGGAGGCCAUGAUGGACCACCCUCUCCAGAUGAUCUCCUACAUCGCAGACAUCGGCAGCAUUGUGGUCCUGAUGGCUCGCAGGAAGUCGGCCGGGGGCCGUAAAGGCCAGGAGGGGAACCCCGCUGGGGCCAACUCCCCCGGGCCACAGAAAAAGUGCUGUAUGAUCUGCCAUGUGUUCAACUCCGAUGAUGCCCAGGUGAUCGCUCAGGCGAUUGGCCAAGCCUUCGGUGUGGCCUACCAGCAGUUCCUCCAUGCCAACGGCAUCAAGGCCAGCGAGCUAAGGCCCAGCGAGUACAGUGACUACCUGGGCACACAGGAGCUCUACAACGGAGACCUGGUGCACUUCUCUGAUUCAGAUAACAUCAGAGAGGUGUCUAUCUCCAAGGCUCCUGGAGAGAUAGUGGGGGUGGCGGUGGUGGAGUCGGGCUGGGGGUCCAUCCUGCCCACGGUGGUGGUGGCCAACCUGCUCCAUGGUGGCCCUGCAGAGCGCUGCGGGGCCCUCAGCAUUGGAGACCGCAUCAUGUCCGUCAAUAGCACCAGCCUAGUGGGCCUCCCCAUAACUACCUGCCAGAGUAUCAUACGGGAUUUGAAAAACCAAGCCGAGGUGAAGCUCAGUAUCGUCCACUGCCCUCCCGUCACCAUGGCAAUAAUCAAGCGACUGGACCCCAAAUUUCAGUUGGGCUUCAGUGUGGAGGACGGCAUUAUCUGCAGUCUGAUGCGUGGAGGGAUCGCGGAGAGAGGUGGCAUCCGGGUUGGACACCGCAUCAUUGAAAUCAACGGGCAGAGUGUGGUAGCCACUCCUCACGAAAAGAUCAUCCACAUUUUGACUAACGCAGUCGGGGAGAUUCACUUGAAGACCAUGCCAGCCUCUACAUAUCGCCUUCUAACGGGACAAGAUACGCCAGUAUUUCUCUGAGAGAACGGAGGAGAGAAUGCUGCUGCGCUCACAAGCAAACGAGCUAUACACAUGCCAUUUUGAAACUAUACACAUGCCAUUUUGAAACUAUACACAUGCCAUUUUGAAACUAUACACAUGCUCACUCACAGCCUCAUUGGACUUUUUUUAAUAUGCAAUUGUACUGCAUCAGCUGGCUAUUGAUACACCACUGAACAUAAAGGGGUGUCCACCUGUACAGAAUAUUUGAUGUAUGUAUGUUGGAAUUACAUGAUGCAGCACUUUUUGUUUUUUAAGUAUAAAACUGAGUUUAUAUUUAUGGGAUGUUUUAAAGCAAAUGAUAACUAAGAUUGGCAAUAGGAAAAGUGAGGUUAUUUUUCGACUAUACUAAUUAUCUUUCUCAACAGGAACAGCAGUACGUGCAAUUCAUGUCUUCCACCACCGCUCUUUAGUUGCAGAUGUGCCUCCGUUGAACUUGAGUUAAUGGAGAGAAGCCUUAUUUAAGGAAGAUGUCUCUCGUCAUUUCGUGCUUCCUGCCUCAUUCUAGACAAUGUCAUUGUGUAACAUGCACGUCAACAGGCGACUACAUCAGUGUUGCAUUAUUACGCUAUCUUCGAACGGUGUACUAUUAAUAUGCUGAAAGAUUUUGUAUUUUGCAUGCUAUUCCCAUUUCAGUGCCUAGAAGAAUGCAUAAUGUUGAGUUCUGUAUUUGCAGAAUCAAAGGUAACUUUUAGCGUAAGAGAGAUAUAUUUUUAAUGAAUGCAGUUUUGGAUGUUUAUUACAAUUGAUCUAUCCCAAGCAAUUGUUUUUGAUUGAUUAUGGACUGGGGAUAUGUGUGACUAAACCCUGUAUUGUAGGCUGUUUCUCUAAUGGUAUUGUGUGAUAUGUUUUGUCGUUCUACCUCCACAGUUUUAUAUUUAAUGCAAAAAUUGAAGAAAUCGACUCAAAAAAAGGUACAUACUAACCCCGUGACAUAUCGACAUCUUAGAAUACUCAUCAUAUGUGGGAGUAUCAGUAUGGGUGUGCAUUCUCUGCAAUGUAGGGAUCUUAUUUUGUAUAAGUUUCAGGCCUGACCCCACAGUGACAGAGCCGGACUGGAGAGUGAUGAGAGGCUCUCAAUGCCGUCUAGCACCCAGCAACAUUCCUAUGAUAGGAAUAUGGCCUGGCCACGUUGGUCACCACAGGUCAAUACCUGUUUCAUAUAAGGGCACACAAUAGCAAAACGUUUCGAAAAGUUGUGGAAUGGUGAACUAAAUAUGGAUAUUGAAUCCACUUUUGAAAUCAGUUACUGCAGUGCCAACUAUUUUUAGCAUACACAAUUCCUGUUGAAGAAUGAUGUGUGCUUGCAAUAUGUCAUGCAUAAUUGUUUAUUUUUAAUAGGAAGGUGUCUACAAAAAACAAAUGUUGGGCUAUUUAUUAUAUUGCCUUAUUGUACAUCUAAGAAUAUAACCUCUUACUUUUUUCUGUUAAGUAGUAGUAGUCGAUCUUGUGUAACACUAUCUGUCAUACUCCUGGCCAAUCGGCUUAAUUUGUGUGCCAAAAUAGAGGUAGAAUUGGCUAUGUCAUUAACCCUCAAAGUUCCAGAAUCGGGAGAAAAUGGCAGCCAUAUUGGUCAGGGAGAAAUCCAAACCAGUCUAUUUGGAAUUAAUGGCAGUCAUAAUCCUGAUUUUACUUAUGCAGGAAGAUAAAAGUAAGGCAUGUAAUAUAUCUGAAAUUGUCUAAUAGAAUUAUUGACAACAUAAAAUAUUGUCAUAUAAUUAUAAAUACAUUUUAUAGGGAUUUUAUACACAUUUUCUGUAUAAAACCAUUCAUUAAGAAAGCUAAAUCCAAGCUACUUUUUAAUCUGACUGCUGGUGAUCCUUCUAAAUUUUGGGAAACAAUAAAUGCACUGAAGCAUACAAAUGUAUCUUCCCUGCCUAAGCAAGUAAUGUCUGACUCUGGCAUCAUAACUGAAAAGAAUGGGAUAACUGAUGCUUUUAAUCAUUUUAUCUCGGCUGGAUUUUUAUUAUAGAGAAACUGUGGUUUAAUUUACCUUGGUCAGUCAAUUGACAGUUAACCCGUCAACUUCUAGUGAAUUUUUGUUUUCAUUUCAACAAUUUACUAUCUGUGAUGUGCUAGAUGCCUUAAGAUUGAUGUAAAAAAGGUACUCUGGGGCUGAUAUGCUUGAUAAAAAAUUUCUGCAGCUCUCUGCCCCCCUGAUUGCUGAAUCAUUAACCCAUAUUUUUAACCUCACGAUUAUAUCUGCUACCAUCCCCAAAGUUGGAAGGCGGCCCAUGUACUCCCCCUUCACAAAGGUGGUGACCCUUGUGACCUAAAUAAUUAUCGCCCUAUUUCUAAACUUUCUUGCCUAGCUAAAAUAUUAGAAUCCUUGAUUAAUUCUCAGCUAAGUUCUUUCUGAUCUUUGAAAUGUAUUCUAAAUGUACAUCAGUUGUGUUUUAGACCAGGUCAUAGCACUAUCUCUGCUGCAUCCCUAGUUAUAAUUGAUGUAUGGAUAAAAGGCAACAUUGUGCUGCCCUCUUCAUUGACCUGUCAAAGGCUUUCGAUACUGUUGAUCACUCCCUCCAAAUUCAGAGGCUUUCCUCAGUUGGCCUGACAGAACUCAAUGUGUAUCUACUGAUGGUGUUAAAUCAGGUUUCCUGGAUAUUACGAAAGGUGUCCCGCAGGGGUCGGUUCUGGGUCCUGUACCUUUUACUGUUUACAUGAACAAUAUAGACUUGUCUGUAAAAAAUUUAACCUGCACUUGUAUGACAAUGAUACUGUUGUGUAUGCUAUUGCCCCCACGGUUAACCAGGCUCUAUCUGAACUUCAGUCUGCCUUCAUUGUAUUACAAAAAAAGUUUGACCUGAAAUGAGUAUUGAAUGCAGGUAAAAGGAUGUAUAUGUUGUUCUCUAGAGCGCAUAAAAAUAACUGUACUUUGGAUGGUGUCCAUAUUGAUCAUGUCCCAGCUUACAAAUAUCUGGAUAUAUGAAAAGCUGUCUUUUAAAAAGCAUAUUGAUGAGUUAAACUGAGAAUAAAAAUGGGCUUCUAUAGAAAA